UUGUGAACUGUUUUUGUGUGUUCUCAUCAAGAACUUCAACAGAUGCACGAUCCAGCCCCUGUUUCGGAGGUUGGGUCCGCGAUCUAAUUUCCCCCAAAGGAUGGCAUUUAGGCGACAGUCUGGUCCUCCACUUGACGGAUUCCCGUCAGCCCAACUCCACUUUCUUGGAAAGACACUCUAUCAUGAUGGAUUAUGGAGGUUAUGGUGUUAGUGUGAGCAAAAUCCCAAAGAGAAGGGCGCUGGAAGUGGGAUUGUUCACAACCGGGUUUGGGGAAGCUCGGGGUUCAAAGAACUCUGCCUUCAGUCUAAUAAUCGGCUAUAAGCUUGCAACAAUGGCUGCGAUAGGUCUUUCAGUGAUGGGAGCUUUCGUUCUUAAGUCGUUAAUGGUAGCAAAAAUAGCUGCCUUCAUGUCCACGGUUCUGCUAAUAAGCAAGCUUUUUCACAAACAGGAAGAAUCCUCCCACGCUCCUAAACACAUCGAACUGGAACCUCCCACGGAGUUGCAUUCCGAUUUUUCGGAACUGUCACCUUCCGGAUAUGAGUAUUAUUAUCCUACCGGCUCGGAUGCUUACUACUCGUACGCGAGUCUCCCUCAGGGCAUCGAUUACGCGACUCCGGAGCACGCUGCUGGCAACUCGACGCUUCCGGCUGUUCCGAGUAAUCAACAAGUUGCCAGACGGCGGGAUCCAACGAAGAGGAGAAAAGUUCCUGUCAUUACUAUCCAUCAGUAUUCUGUUAAGACGUGAUGGAGGAAUACUUGUUUUCUGUUGUUAAUUUAUUCAUGUUUGUAAUAAAUUCGACUUUUUUCCCCUUUUUGUUAU